UCGCUCUCGUCAUUCGGCUUCCGGCAGUGAUGUGGUUCAGAAGUGUGUUUAAUAUGGGUUUAGGGACUGCUGCCCUUCUAGCAGCCCUUUGCUGUGGCCUGGCUAUGCCAAGGGUCUCCGGACAACAGCGCCAUCCCCGUGUGUGCACCGAUGAUGGAUGUCUGCAGGGGAUCUCCAUGACGGAUGUGAAAAACGCUCGUUUCGAAGCGUUCCUGGGUGUUCCAUUCGCCAAACCGCCCGUUGGAGAGCUGCGCUUCAAGAAUCCAUUGCCUGCGGAGCCAAUGAUCGGCGAUUACAAUGCCACGGAAAGCGGUCCAGCCUGUUUGCAACGAUCCGAACUGGAUCCGGAUCAUUCCAUUAUCGGUAGCGAGGACUGUCUCUAUCUGAACGUCUAUCGACCGAAACGCGACAGCACGGAAUUGCUUCCGGUCAUGGUGUAUAUACACGGUGGUGGUUACUUCUAUGGUUCCGCCGAUCCGGCGAUUUACGGUCCGGAGCGGAUACUGGCAACGCAACAGGUGCUACUCGUCACGAUCCAGUAUCGGCUCGGUGUGUUUGGUUUUCUUUCAACCGGUGACGCAGUUGUACCCGGCAAUGCUGGGAUGCACGAUCAGGUCUUGGCGUUGAAGUGGGUUCAGCGUCAUAUCCGUUCGUACGGUGGGGACCCGCAGCUUAUCACUAUCUUUGGAGAAAGUGCGGGUGGAGCCUCGGUGCAGUUUCACAUGAUCAGUCCCCUUAGCCGAUCGUUGUUCCACAAAGCGAUCAUCAUGAGUGGCAGUGCGCUUGCCGCAUGGUCGCUACCGAUAGACGACCCGUUGGCACUGGCACGACGGCAGGCUAAGCUGGUGGGGGUGUCCGAAGCGGAUGAGCUAUCCACGACCGAGCUGGCGGACGUGUUGCGAUACAUUGAUGGCAAGGUGCUAGCAGCCAGUGCGCCUCAUUUACGAUCCUGGUUCGAGCACCCGAUCGUGCUUUAUCGGCCCGUCAUCGAACACAAGUCGGUACCGGAGGCAGAACGCUUUCUACCGGACGAUCCACGGAGGCUCUGGACCGAAGGUUAUCUGGUGGAUGUUCCGCUGCUGAUUGGAACCGUUCCUGAAGAUGGUGCCGUGGUCAGUUUGCCCAUUCUGCACAACGAAACAGUGCUGCAAGAGCUAAACGAAAAUUUUGUCAAACUCUUUCCAACAUUACUGGCACUUAAUGGUACUCCCGAUGUUGUAAAUCAAAUUAAGAAACGUUACUUCACAGGCUCCUCACCGACACAGUUGUUCACUAAGGAAAAUUCGCAACAACUCACCAAGUUGCUUACGGAUGCUUUUCUCAAGUAUCCAGUCUACUUGACACAGCUGGAGUACAUCAACGCGACCAGCCGCGAGCAGACAACUCAAUACUCGUUCGAGUUCGUUGGGCGUCAUUCGUUCUCGUCGCUGUACAGUCAGUCCAACGAGAGCCACGGAGUCGUGCAUCAGGAUGAGCUAAUCUACCUCUUCCGAAUGCCUGAGCUGUUCAGUGACUUUCCCGAUGACUCCGCCGAGGCCAAAAUGUCCAGCUUGUGGACGGAAUUUAUAGUUUCCUUCGCUUCAAAGAGUCAACCAAUCGAACGUGUAGAAAAGGUUACCUUUAAAAAUGCCGUACCACCUUCAGACGACACUUUUGUCCUAAUCUCCCGUGAUAGUGGUCUUGAUACAGAGAUGUUGGAUGUGAUUGCGUUCUGGGAUAAGAUCUACAAUUCCUCUUAUAUCGCUUAUCACUGACGACUGUCUCUAGCACAAUCUUCCGAAUGCUUUAUCAAUAAAGGACACAUAAUUUACGACAUCACAAAAUGAUGAU